UUUUUAAGAAGAACCGGUUGCUUUUUACUUGAGUAAUAGAACCAGUUCCGUCAUUGCGGUUACUAAACACAGAGCUUUUUAACCCAAACCAAACAAAGACGACAGUGGGAGUAAACUACAGAGUUCUAAAACGACGACUGGAUUGGCAAACACUUCCUUUUAGGGUUUUAAUUUACCAUCUGUCACUUCCAAUUAACCAUCCAAUGUUUCAAAGCAAUUCUUUUUAGGGUUUAAACGACGACUGAGGUAUGCUAAUGUCUCUUUUGCAAGAUUUAUAUAUCCAACUUUAAAGAAAAAUUAGGUCAAUUGUAAUUCAUAAUACAACAUUAAAUGAUGAGAAGGGCCUGUUCAUUUUUAAUUUCUGCUAAAAGAAAUAAACUUUCUACUUCUUUAUGUAAAAUUACUGUCAGCAGAAACAUGGGUUGUUCUUCAUUUUCACGUACUCAUGAAACCAUAUUUAAAAAUUCACCCAAUUCCGUAAAAUUAUCGCCUUUUAUUGUUACUUCUUGGUCCUUUUGUUCCUUAAUUGCUUUAUCAGAACAAACAGUUGCUAGUAGAGAUAGUAAUGCUGAUAAUGUAUGUGCAAUUGUUACCGAUCGUUCGGUUCAUAUGGAGACGGCCCUUAACGAACUUAAUUUGGAGUUAACUACUGAUUUGGUUGUUGAGAUUCUGCAAAGGCUUCAUUUUGAGGAAAAGAUUGCGUUUAGAUUCUUUAUGUGGGCGGGGCGCCAGCAAAAUUAUACUCAUGAGGGUUGUGCUUAUAAUGAAAUGAUGGACAUUCUUUCGAGUACUAAGUAUAAAGUGAAGCAGUUUCGAAUAGUUUGCGAUAUGCUUGACUAUAUGAAAAGGAAUAACAAGAAUGUUGUUCCUGUUGAGGUUUUGUUGACGAUAUUGAGGAGUUAUACCGAGAGGUAUUUGACCCAUGUUCAGAAAUUUGCUAAGAAGAAGAGGAUUAGAGUGAAGACGCAGCCGGAAAUCAAUGCGUUUAAUUUGCUAUUAGAUGCUUUGUGCAAGUGUUGUCUGGUUGAGGAUGCGGAAGUAUUGUUUAAGAGAGUGAAGAACAAGGUGAAGCCGGACUCUACCACGUUUAAUAUAUUGUUUUUCGGAUGGUGUAGGGUUAAGAACCCAAAAAGAGGAAUGCAGGUUUUGGAGGAAAUGAUUGAACUUGGUCAUACGCCAGAUAAUUUUACGUAUACUACUGCUAUUGACACUUACUGUAAUGCAGGGAUGGUCACCGAGGCGGCUGAAAUUUUUGAGUUUAUGAGGACAAAUGGCUCGACUUUGUCUGCUCCUACUGCAAAAACUUAUGCGAUCAUGAUUGUAGCUCUUGUACAAAAUGAUAGAAUGGACGAGUGCUUUAAGCUGCUAGAGCAUAUGAUAAGCAGUGGUUGCCUCCCUGAUGUUUCAACCUAUAAAGAAUUGAUGGAGGGAAUGUGUUUGGCAGGAAAAAUUGACGAAGCUUAUAGAUUUCUGCAAGAAAUGGGAAACAAAGGUUAUCCGCCUGAUGUUGUUACUUACAACUGUUUUCUUAAAGUUCUUUGUGAAAAUCUGAAGAGUGAUGAAGCACUUAGGCUCUAUGGAAGAAUGAUUGAGGUGGGUUGUUUGCCUAGUGUCCAGACUUACAGUAUGCUAAUUUCCAUGUUUUUUAAGAUGGGUGAUUCUGAUGGGGCAUUUGAGACUUGGCAUGAGAUGUAUAAGAGAGGUUGUGCUCAGGACGUUGAUACAUAUUCCGUGAUGAUUGAUGGGCUUUUUGGUUGUAAUAAAGUAGAGGAUGCAUGCCUCCUCAUAGAAGAUGUUAUAAAUAAGAGAAUGAAAUUGCCUUAUAACAAGUUUGACUCCUUUCUAAUGAAGCUUUCAGAGAUAGGUGAUCUCCAAACCAUCCAUAAACUCUCUGAGAGUAUGAGGAAUUAUUAUAAUCCUUCUAUGGCAAGGCGCUUUGCACUAAAUGAGAAACGUAAGAGUAUGGGCUUUAGACGGCAUAACCAGACAUGACCUAUUUGGAAGUAUCGGGUUAGUCAAGGCAAUGAAUGGUGUGAUUUUUGCAAGAUUUAUAUAUCAAACAAUCCUUUGAGUAUUAGAAACCAUGAACUUGGCG